AUGUUCAAAAACUGGCGUUAAAAUUUAAAUUUCCCAUCGAGAAUCCAAUUUUUAUUCGUUGUCUCCAGGACUUCACAGUUCUUCCGGACGGCAUCCCGCCACUUUCCACAUCACGGACACGGAGAAGCUGAAAGGAUUCCGACGAGCUCCCAACAACUUCAAUCGGUACAUGAGUGGUCAGCUGUUCUCCCUCGACGUCGAGACGGUCUACACAUCCAAAGGCCAAGCAGCCGGGAGAGUCACAAUGGUCGAUCAGCACGGAAUGCCAUUGGUGGAUGCACUCGUCAAGCCGGAGGAUACGAUCAGCUGGCACAGGCGACGGAGUCAUUGGAUUCGGUGA